GAUCCCUUAAAGAGUCGUUAAAAUCUGAAAGAUGAGCGAGUGAAGGGGAAAUGAGUGCUGAAGGGGUGGAAGGAAUGUGGUAAACACCUAGGUAGCAGGAACAGCAAGUGCGAAACUCUGUGGGAAGAGAUGGGACUCUGAGAAAUUUUAAGGAGUUCCCUGUUUCUGGAGCACUUUCCUAGGAUGAUCGUAAGAUUUGAUGACAUAAUAGCAUGCACCACUACUGUGAAUGGUAACUCGCCAUGUAAGUUAAGAUAUUGUUAUGAAUAAGCGCAGACCUGUAUCUACCAGUCACUUAUUAUAUCUUUUGAUAUUCAAAGAAAAAGGAAGGAUAAUUUCAAAGGGGGACAUUGUGUGAUGGCUUCUGUGACUUACACGCUGGGUCCUGGGAACUCAGCCCAUCCUCUACAUUAGUUGUGUAGAGUGCAUGUUGGUGGGCUGAGAAGGCGUGGUGUCGCCUUGACCACGAAUCUCAUUGGCCUUUCAAAGGGGAAACUGUUGUAGGAUUGGCUGUGGAGAAAUCAAGAGGCCUGCCCCCUGCCGCUGAUUGGGUGACAGCGGCCAACCCCCUGCCUCUGUCUCGCGGCUGCCCCACGGGGGCCUGUUGCUUGGCAACCGAUUUGCUUCCUCCUGUGAGUGGCUGCGGGGUUGCACCUGUGAAGCGGAGACAACCUGCUAGGAUCUUGGUAGGCGUACACCGCUCACUCCCACUCAAGCGCCGACGACUCAGGCUUGUCUCCAUUGCUCGUCCAAGUUUGUCUUGAGACUGGGCUUUGAGCUGGCACUGCAGUGAAACGCCGCAGAUGAGGAAGUGCCCAAGUUUUCCUCGGGAACUGCUCGUUUAGAGGAGUCAGGAGAAGAAGUCAUUGUUAUAUCCCAAAUUUAGAAGCCACUUAUCUUGGGAGCGUUCCGAGUCUAAAAAGCAAGUAACUUAUGUCAAUUUACUAAGUGUGGGGAAGUGACCCAUAACUUCAAAUAUCCGCCUCAGAGUAAACCUGAGGCAUUUGGGGACAAGUGCCAGACCCUCCGCUGCCUAUCAUGCACGGCAGAGCUUACCUCUUGCUGCAAAGAGACUUCUAUGAUCUCAAGGAGAACAAUUAUAAGGGCAUCACUGCUAGGCCUGUAAGUGAAGACAUGAUGGAAUGGGAAGUCGAAAUUGAAGGUCUACAGAAUUCAGUCUGGCAGGGUUUAGUCUUCCAACUGACAAUACAUUUUACAUCGGAGUACAACUAUGCUCCUCCAGUUGUGAAAUUUGUAACAAUUCCUUUUCACCCAAAUGUAGACCCACAUACUGGUCAGCCCUGUAUAGACUUUUUGGACAACCCUAAGAAGUGGAAUACAAACUAUACAUUGAGCAGCAUCUUACUUGCCCUACAGGUUAUGCUUUCUAAUCCGGUGCUAGAGAAUCCAGUGAAUUUGGAAGCAGCCAGAAUACUGACUAAAGAUGAAUCUCUGUACAGAAGAAUUCUAAAACUUUUCAACCGGCCAUUACAAAUGAAAGAUGACAGCCAGGAGUUACCUAAAGACCCACAUAAAUGUAUCGGACCAACUAAAACAACCUCAUUUAGUGAUUACUACCAGGCAUGGUCCAGAAUAGCUACAUCAAAAGCCACAGAAUACUACAGAACUGCAUUGCUCAAAGAUCCACAUUUCAUUGGACAGUAUUACAAAUGGAAGAAAAUGGAUCUACAGCAUCAUAAAGAAUGGAAUUUAAAGUAUUCUGUUAUCAAGUGUUGGCUUGCUAGAAAAAAUAGAAUGCCUGAUGAAGUCAGACACUCAAUGGAAGGAAUUAAGCUCUGCCCAACUCAAAUUCCCACCACAGAUGAAAUUUUUCUUGAGUCACCAACUGCAAUAAAUAGCGUCACAAACAUUUACGAAACAGAAGAGGAGGGGUGGAAGAGUGACACUUCAUUAUAUGAAAAUGACACAGAUGAGCCCUGGGAAGAGGAAGUGGAAGAUCUAAUCUCCUGGAUCAACACUCUCAAUACAAAUACUUUAGAAGAUUAA